CGAUCCGCAGCGAGGGGGCAAAGCUAAAUAGUCGAGAUCUCAUCGUCGUCGCUUGGCAGAGCAAAGUUCUGGUGAGCAAUAAGUCUGUGAGCCGCACUCAGCCCUGAGCAGGGCCAUGCAUCGUUGCGCGCACUUAUGUAUAAUUAGCACUGCCGUGACAAAUGCGUUGCAUACCCGGCGCGCAGCGGUAGGCGCCAUAACUGGCACCGCCUUGCUCCCUGUGCCAUCCCAGGCAUUCGAGGUCAAGCUACCGUUCGACGAGGACGCUGACACCCGCCGGAGGCGGCUCAACGCCGAGCUCAAGGCGCCGCCGAUAAGCGACGAGGUCCGCGCGUGCGGUUCGCGCCUGGUCGGCACGUACACGGACCCGAAGCACCCCGGCUGCGAGCGGCGGGUGGCGCAGAUCGCCGGCACCCGCUUCGCGUCGAUCCGGGGCGUCGACGAGGACGGCGUGCCUUGGGUCGCCGGCGCGUCUAUCGCGUGCGCCGAUUAUAAUGGAGUGGGCAAGGAACAGCUCAUCGUGGGCCUCCGUGUCGAAAUCAAUCUGAGCUCGAGUAGGAUCUGCGGCUGUUCGAUGGCGUGGAGGCCGACGAGCACGAUUCGCUCGUCCUCGGCGCCGGCGCGGACCACUGGGUGAUUUCCACACAGGUGGACUUCACGGCGCGCGGCGGCGGCAAGGACGUCGUGGCAGUGGCCGAUUACUCGGCUACGUCGGCGACGCUCACUUUCCCCGACGGCAACGCGUGGACCAUGGUGCCCUGCUCGAACCCAAACUUGAAGACGGCCCAGCAGCGGGCCGCGUGUGCUUCUGCGAAGUAAGGAGCUUGUGGCUGAAGUUCCCUUUUUUUAGUUUAACAACAUGUCGCCCCGACUCGGAG